AUGGGUCGUUCGUUCGCCUCAAACUUCAAAGUCAAUUUCAGUUCCGCGGUUUGUGGUUUCUGGUGGAGAAUUUUGUAUCGUUACAGCGUCACAAGCAGUUUAGAGUGGUUUGCCGGUAUUGAUUUAUCGGAAGAUGCCUCAAAGACUCCAUAUAUUUUCCAUCGGAGAAACACAAAGAAUUGA